AUGAUGCAGUUGUUUUUCUUGGUUGACCUGCCUAUUUACUGCAGUGUAGGUGAAGAUGCAUUUUCUAGUCGAUUUAAUUAAACGGGUAUUAAUUUGUGCACAGAUGCAGAAAAAUUCAGGUUGUAGACUCUGGAAACUUUCCAGCUAACUGGAGAAAGCAAUGUGAUAGCACUGCCUGGGGUGGCUGCAGAGUAGCUGUUGAUCAUGACAAACAUCUGUUAAGAGUAACAUAGAAAAAAUUGAUCCUGCUUUCAAGUAGAGAGCUAGCUGCUCAUGUCAGGCUAAGGAAUUUCGUUGUUUGAAAGUCCUGCAUCCCCUCUGGAAUUUAUUAAAACUGUUUCUAUCCCUCAUGUUAAUAUUCUCCACAUUGGUGAAUUUUAUCUGAUUGUGUUGUAAUUGAGAAUUUGGUCUGUAUCUGGUUGAGGGAAAUAACUUCUUAAAGUUUAUCAAGAUCUGAGAGUUGAACCUGUGUUUUGCUAGGGACUGUCUGCUUUAAGUUCUGGAGGGUUACUUUUGAAAGCAGCACUGAGGGUACAUGAGGAUCCAUGAGACCUUGUGGAGUAGUUGGUGCUGAAAGAAAAUGAACAGAUUCCAUCAGUGAGAACAUCCAGCUGUUGCUGGAGACAUUCAGUUAGUCUGAUGACAGCAGUCGGGUUCCAUUUUAGCUGAUCUAAUCUGCCUGAGAUAAGGCAACCUUGUUUCUCUACUCCGCAAGGGAAGCAAAUUUCUUUGUAAUCUGUGUCACAGUAUUAAAGCUAUGAAUUUUCUGGUUAAAUACAAGGCACCCUGAAAUUGAAUGGGUACCAAAGGGACACAGAUCUAGCUGUACACAUAUGAUGUAUAUUGCAGUGCAUACACAGGGCAGGUUUUCCCCUGCCCUGCAGCCAUGGCGAUGGAGCCCCCAUCAUUCCUGACAAUGUCAGACCUGGCUGUGACCAGAGUGAGUACUGCAGUAAAGUCUUGAGCAGGUUUUUUUUGAACACCUUGAGUUUUCUCUGGAACUCUUGUGUCUUGCAGUCCACUCGCAGACCAGUUAAGACAUCAAAAUGUGGCCAUUUAUCGUUUGUUAUCCUUUUGGUUUAAUUUCAGAGUCAGGCAGGAUCUGACUUCACAACUUUGCAGAUACUGUCUUGCAUGGGCUUGAAUCAGAAGGUCUUGUAUAUUCCUACUUAACUGUCUGGUUUUGGAAGUUCUUUCUGGAAAUCUACCAUCAUAAAGUCCAGUUGCUUUAGUGGUAGCUGGAGUUCCAGAGUUCUGUCAUCAAAUGACCCAUUUCUUAUUUUCUUGCCCAUUUUCCCACCAUAUAUAUGAUAUGAGAUAGGGUUAUUCUUCUUAAGUGAAGUAUGUAUUUGAGAUUUUCUGGUUUGCUGUAACUUUCAGUUAGGUUUUCCUAAGUUCUGCAAAUUCCGUAUAAAACUGAAAAGUUUGAACUAGUGCAUCUACUGUGAUGAACUGGAUGAAAAUCACCUGAUUGUUUUCAACCUAAUCCUAGGUCUAGGACUGCUCUUUCUUUCUCUUAACUUGGAUUACAUAUUCAUUUUCAAAUGCUGUUGGAACUUUGACCCAUAUCCACUGGUUUUUUCAGACCCUUGCAUUCAGAAUCAUGGUGAAAUGCCUUUGUUUCAUGAGAGGGGCUUUACAGCACAGUUAAAGCCAAGCCAAAUGCAACCACCUCAAUGCAGAAAAUGUGGCAUUAUCAGCAUAUUUCUUCCUUUUUAGAGGAACUAACUCCCUGAGACUGGUUUAAAUUAGGCCAUUGAUCUGUCUAUUCCAUGAGAAAUUUUAGGAUUGUAACUGGUUGAUGGGGAUUGCACUCAAGUGGAUUGUAGCAAUCCUAAUUAAAAAUAACACUUUCAACUAAUUAACCAGUACAGCGAGUGGCUGAGAAACUGUAGCAUUGAAUGGGAAGGAGCAGGUAAAUGUGUGGGGAGGGAACCGGGGCUGACUUUUUUAUCCCAAAUAACUUUAAGUAACUUCCUUCUGGAAGCUUAUUUUUCGUCUUUUUGGGCCCUCUAAACAAUCUCACCUCUGUAUCAGGCGAGUGUUGGUGUGCAGUUAAAUAAUUUAAAUCUUAAGUAGUUCAAUUAACUGCUCCCCUGAAGCCUGCAGAAGGGCCAGGGAAGUAGGCAUAGUAUCCUGAUAGGCUGUCUCCCCUUGAAAUGUUGGGUGUUAACUGAUGUAUUCAUGUUCCAAGGAUCUGUGACUUCUUGUUCUGUGUGUAUAGUCCCUCUGUCUUUGCUGGAGUCAGACCUAAGGUAGUCAGAAAUGUGCCAUAACAUGCAGUCAGGUGUUGAAUUUAAUCAGUGUUUUCCUUCCCAGUCUCUGUGAACCCGAGUGUGAAGAAGCUGCCUGCUACAGCUGGCAUGGGUCUGUCGAAAACCCCAACGGCAGAGAUCGAGCGCAGUCUGUGUGGAUCCACUGUCUCUUCUGCCUCCAAGGUCACAUAUACCAGAGAACAUAGCAGGGAGCCAGAAGAGGAGGAAAUAUACAGUGCAGAGAAUUUCCGUCGUAUUGCUCGCAGUCUCAGUGGGACAGUUAUGUCAAACAGAGAAGAGACCUUGGUCUCUUCUCACAGUUUUGAAGCACCAAAUACGAGGAAAAUGCCAGUGGACACCAGCCACCGUUCUUCCAGCUCCACUUCCCUUCCUUUCCCCCAUGAUCCUCCUGUAUUUCCCUUUGAUCCCCAGCACAACCCAAACCAGGUGCAGCACCCACCCCAUGAUGUACUGAUGCCCAGCAUGGUGGGCAAGGCACGUAAACUGUCAGGAGAUCAGAAGAACAUCAUCCAGAAACUUCUGGUUGUGCCUGACAGGGGUGAAGCUUUCCAAGGUGAAGACUACCCAGGUGUGGCACUGAGCUGUGGGAGUCUCCCUUGUGUACCCAAAGGCACCCUUUCCCAGGGGCAAAAGCCUCUUCCUAAUUUGCAUUUAGGAGGUGGAGCAUCAAGUGUCUCUGGCCGUUUGAACACAAGUUAUCCUGCCGCACAAACAGCCACCUUACCAGAUAAGCGAACAAUGCUCUGGGGGAAACAUGCCGGCCAGUCAGGCAAGAGUUUACAGGAAGGCUUCCUCCAGCAGCCUUCACAGCGUCACAUGCAUGAAUCUUGUGCCAUCGGUUGCAGACUACCAGCCAGCACAGACUACAGCACUUUAAGAAUACCACGUGAGCCUUCUUGGGAUCCUGGUGCUUCUCAAGGUUGCCCUGUGCCCCCCUCUUGUGUGAAGGCCCCGGGUCCAAGGAGAGUAGAUAUGCCUCCAGAAGAAGACUGGCGAGAGAACAGCUACACCCCUCAGCCUGGCAGGAGGCGAAUGCUGCCAGUGCAUGUGAUAAAUGGGACUUUUUCUUCUGCUUCUGAGGCACACAGAAAUAUGCUGGCUCGAGCAGCAGCAGCUACUGGCACCGUGCAAAAUAAUGGCUGGUGAGAUCCCAUUCACUCCAUGUGCCCCAGUACACCACUCUGUGGACUGUGGUUGUUGCCAGAGUGUGGAUUGCAUGGAGACAGGAAACUCUUCCAAUCAGUAUCUGUGCCAGUUUUGUCUUAAAAUGUAGCUAUACAGGAUGUGAAAACUAAUUGCACUGUAUUUCAUUUCUGACACUACUGAACUGCUGUCUGGAUGGGGAAUCGUAACUAUUCUAGUCCUGGCCUCUCCUAGCAAACAAGUGCUGUAGGAAUGGUAAUUUGCUUACAGGUGAGUUCAGAAGUGUGCACAUGUUUUGAAGGAAGAUGGCAACUAACAAAAGGACAUUUUUAAGAACUCUUUUUCAUGAAAUGUAGCUUUGGUAAAUUCUUCACAAAAAGAAACCAAUCCUUUUAUUUUCUUCUCCUUACUCUCUCCUGUUCCUUCCUAGGAAAAAAAAACUGACCUACCUUCCAGGUUCCAGUAAAUCUGCACUUGGCAGGUGGUAGUUAGUAAAGCAAGCACGAUUUUCAAUGUUCUGAGAUCUCAUAUAGAGAUCACAACUGUAGUUGCUGCAGAGGAAGUGACAGGGAGACAUUGUUCACAGUAAACCCCAGUUUUCUCCACUUCUUUAAAGCAAACUAAUGAUGCUUCAAACAGACUGUUAAUGCUGCACGCUUAACUACACCGAUGUAAACACAGAAUAAGUUUAACUAUUUUAGUGUCAAGCAUACUUGCUUUUGUAAGUAUUUUUCAAAUAAAUCUAUGAAAAUAGUUCUA